AUGGCUGUGCUUAGUGGGUUUUGGGGCCUGCCCCGUAAGAAUCUUGUGAAAAGGUUGGAAGGAGCUAAAGUUAGCGCUUGGAUUGAUUCAAUGAGAGCCUCUUCCCCAACUCGUGCCAAAUCAGAAAGCCAAGAAAAAAGAUCUUGGAUUCUUUAUCACCCUUCAGCUCUGAACACCUUUGAGCAAAUAACAUAUAAUUCCAAAGGCAAGCAAAUUGUGGUUUUUCUUGACUACGAUGGAACUCUCUCCCCUAUUGUUGCAGAUCCGGAUAAAGCUUUCAUGACUGAAAAGAUGAGAGCGACGCUUAAGGCCAUCGCAAGACAUUUUCCCACAGCUAUCGUCACAGGGAGGUGCAGAGACAAGGUGUAUAACUUUGUAAAAUUGGCCGAACUUUACUAUGCCGGAAGCCAUGGCAUGGACAUUAAGGGGCCAACAAAAAGCCAACGUCCAAAGCAAGGUAAUAAUAAAGCGAUACUGUUCCAAGCUGCAAGUCAAUUCCUGCCCAUGAUCGAUGAGGUGUACAAGAUCUUGGUAGAAAAAACAAAGUCUGUCCCUGGGGCUAAGGUUGAGAACAACAAGUUUUGCUUGUCCGUGCACUUUCGUUGUGUUGACGAAAAGAGUUGGGCAUCGUUGGCGGAGAAAGUUAGAUUGGUGCUCAAUGAGUACCCACAACUUAGGCUAACUCAAGGGAGAAAAGUGCUAGAGAUUCGUCCAACCAUCAAAUGGGACAAGGGCAAGGCUCUUGAAUUUUUGUUAGAAUCAUUAGGAUACGAGAAUUCGAAUGAUGUAUUUCCAAUCUAUAUUGGUGAUGAUCGAACUGAUGAGGAUGCUUUUAAGGUUUUACGCAGUAGGGAUCAAGGAAUUGGGAUUCUCGUUUCUAGAGUUGCAAAAGAAACUGAUGCUUCCUAUACCUUGCAAGAUCCAUCAGAGGCAAGUCCUAUAUAUUCCAUCAACCACAAUUUAUAA